AUGCUUAAGAUACACCACAGGACCACCGUAAACAACACCCCGGAACGGCCAAAUCAAGCAGGCGAGCACUCAUACAACCCUUCUCGGGGCCACGAUGAGGAUGAGACUACCUCCAACCGCCCGGGAAUCUCUAGCAACAGUUUAUUUGGUGCCUCUGGUGGCUUUUAUAUCUUGAAUGGGAUUGACAGCGAGAGAGGCCGGUCCAGUACGCUUGAGAACAGAAGAGAAAGCACAACUCAUGCUCUUCCCAGGGCACUCAAACAGCUUCCCAAAUUGGACAACAAAAUAGGAGCGGGCAAAGAAGCAUAUGAUAUGCAGUUUGCGAUUCCUCCAAGGAAAGUGGCUGACAAUCUCCUGGCUCUUUACUGGGACUAUGUCGAUAGCGCUUACCCCUGGCUUGAUCGCUCCUUGAUCGAACGUGCAUACGAAAGCCUGUGGAUCAAAGAUGGAGAGCAAUCGAUGAAUGAGAGAGCGCUGCAUUGUAUCCUCAAUCUUAUGUUCGCCACCGCUUGCGUUGCUUUCCAAGGACAAACUCCUCUGUCUCGACACCAAUCCUCGACCGUUUUUUUCGACAGAGCCCAAGAACUAAUGUCCUAUGAACUCAUGAAUGUCUACAACUUUGAGAUCAUCCAAAUACUUCUUCUUACCGCGGUUUAUCUCCAACAUCAAAAGUCGCCACAGAAAAGCUUUCGAAAUAUUGGAAUGGCCAUUCAUAUUGCGCAGGAGUUGGGACUGCAUAUCCCUGAAACUACCGAGGCCAUGGACGAUUCACACGAAAGAGACCUUGCUCGUCGUGUUUGGAAUGGAUGUGUUCUUAUGGAUAGGAUCUGUGCUAUGACCUUCGGCUGUGCGCUCAAAGUUCCGCAAGCCAUUGCAAAAGAAGGAUUAAGUCUAUUAGUUCUCAGCAUAACGGAAGCUACCAUGAACCCCGCAGACGAUGUUCUUCCCUCGAAAGCAAAGUUUUACGCCUCAUUUUGCCAGCUUCACCAUAUCAUUGGCGAAGUACUGGAGACAUUUUAUGUCUCAAAUGGUGGUUUGAAAAACGUCAUAACCAAUACAAACUCAGCGCAAAGUCUGGUACUGUCUGAUAAAAUUGCAAGAUUGCUCAGUAUCGAGUCCGACCUUAAUGACUGGGCUUCCAAUCUUCAUCCUUUCUUCAGAAGGCCAUCUGAAACUUUGGACACAACGCCAUCGAAGCAUGUGACCCGCGAAGCUAAUGUUUUACGCGCCCGGUAUCUGUCCGUUCGACUUCUGCUUUUUAGGCCUCUUCUUUCCCAAAUGCAUCAACAAGAGACUCGAAAUUCUCCAGAGCCUAGCAUAUACCAGGAUGAAAAACUUCUGCCACACGUUGUCUUCCAGUGCCAAAUAAGUUGCACCCGGGCAGCAGAGGAUAUGAUUGAAUUAAUUUCCAACAACCUGCCCCGGCAGACACAGACAUACAUUCUGCCAUCAAAUUGGUACACAGUUUCGUAUGUAUAUAUGGCAGUUACGAUCUUGCUUGCAGCCAAGGGGUCUUCAAACAGCGCAGCGCAUUUCUCUGCACCUCGAUUACAAUUGCUUUUACAAAAGGCCCGUGAUAUAUUAGAAGAAUACGAAAAGCACUCUUCGCUGGCCUCGAGGUGCAGCUCUGUUCUAAAACUGAUUGAACAAAGUUCCAAUCGGCGUGGAUCGGUAAUGGGAACAACUUCUGUAGAAGGUGUCCAUGAGAACACGUACAUGCAGGAUGAAACUAUGAGAGAACAACAGCCGCAACCAUUCUCGGGUAACAUGGAUAUGAUUGAAAAUUAUACCUUUGAUUGGAAUGAUUGGCCAGUGUUCUUUGCGGAGUUGGAUGGGGAAAAUAGUCCGAUUGAAGGUUGGGAACUACCGACAUGA